AUAACAAAGCAUAAUUACAUCUACCACCGCCGUUACUCUCCUCUUCUCUUUGUUUUGUUCACUCCUCCACUUCUUCCUCCCGGUUGACUGCCUUCUUCUUCUUCUUCUUCUUCAUUCCAAGUGAAGUGGGUUGCUUCUGCGAAUGACUGAUUUGUUGUGAGUUGAACGAGCUUGUUGUUGAAUGGAGUCCAUGAUUUGCAUGAAUUCCUCUUGUGGAGCUGCUAUCACCCAUCAAUGGAAUAAGGGUUGGCCUCUGCAAUCUGGUGGCUUUGCUCAUCUCUGCUACCCUUGCGGCUCUGCCUACGAGGAUGGCGUCUAUUGUAACAUAUUCCACUUGGAAGAGUCUGGCUGGAGGGAGUGCCGUUUAUGCGGCAAUUAUCUUCACUGUGGUUGCAUAGCCUCCAAAUAUCUGCUUGAUUUCCUAUAUUAUGGUGGUGUUGGGUGUAUCAGCUGUCCAAAGAGCUCCCAACUUCAUUCAGUUAAAAGAAUUCAGACACAUGGUGAUGAAAUUUCUGAAGGAUUGGAGAGUAUCCGUGAUUGUCAGCUUUCAUUUCCAAAUUUUGUUUUCCUAGAAUGAUUUAUAUGUUUAGUUUUUGUUUACUGUGUUGAUUCAAAUUUUCUGUUCUCCUUAAGUUGCGAAUUUAAAGUUUGAAAUCUGCCAUUGUGCCACUAUUUGAGAAGGUUCUCAGUGCCAGCGAUUCUGGUCGAAUUGGUCGAUUAGUGCUGCCAAAAGCAUGUGCUGAAGUAAGUUUUUCAGUAUAUUCACUUCCAUGCCUUUUCCUUGUCCCACACCUCACCCUCCGCAACAAAGUUCCCCUAUCUACCCCUUCUCCAAUAUUUUCCUGGCAUUGCAUUUGUAUGAACUAGAAAUGA